GUAUUGGUUCGCAGCCGCCGCCGCGCCGCCGUCGCUCGCCAACGCCAGCGCCGCCUCUAGCUCGCCGAGCUCCAGCCCAAGGAGAAGGGGGGUAAGUAAGGGAGUUUCUGUACCAUGGCUCGUACAAAGCAGACUGCCCGCAAAUCGACCGGUGGUAAAGCACCGAGGAAGCAACUGGCUACAAAAGCCGCUCGCAAGAGUGCGCCCUCUACUGGAGGGGUGAAGAAACCUCAUCGUUACAGGCCUGGUACUGUGGCACUCCGUGAAAUUAGACGUUAUCAGAAGUCCACCGAACUUCUGAUCCGCAAAAUUCCUUUCCAGCGUCUGGUGCGAGAAAUUGCUCAGGACUUCAAAACAGAUCUGCGCUUCCAGAGCGCGGCUAUUGGUGCUUUGCAGGAGGCAAGCGAGGCCUAUCUGGUGGGCCUCUUUGAAAACACCAACCUGUGUGCUAUCCAUGCCAAACGUGUCACAAUUAUGCCAAAAGACAUCCAGCUAGCGCGCCACAUACGUGGAGAACGUGCUUAAGAAUCCACUAUGAUGGAAAACAUUUCAUUUUUAAAAAAAAAAAAAGAAAUUUCUCUUCUUCCUGUUAUUGGUAGUUCUGAACGUUAGAUAUUUUUUUUCCAUGGGGUCAAAAGGUACCUAAGUAUAUGAUUGCAAGUGGAAAAAUAGGGGACAGAAAUCAGGUAUUGGCAGGUUUUCCAUUGUCAUUUGUGUGUGAAUUUUUAAUAUAAAUGCGGGGACAUAAAGCAUUAAUGCAAGUCAAAAUGUUUCAGUGAACACGUUUCAGCAGCUCAACUUUAUAACAAUUAUAAAUAAACCUGUUAAAUUUUUCUGGACAAUGCCAGCAUUUGGAUUUUUUUAAAACAAGUAAAUUUCUUAUUGACGGCAACUAAAUGGUGUUUGUAGCAUUUUUAUCAUACAGUAGAUCCAUCCAUUCGCUGUACUUUUCUAACUGAGUUGUCCUACAUGCAAGUACAUGUUUUUAAUGUUGUCUGUCUUCUGUGCUGUUCCUGUAAGUUUGCUAUUAAAAUACAUUAAACUAUAAAAAAAA